UGGGGGAGGGGAGAUGCAUUUGCUAGUAAGGUGAGGAAAGAGAGCUUUGCUGAGUUUCCCUAAAUAAGUAAGAAAGUAAGAGUUGGAAUCUUGGGCUCAAAGGUGGGAGGCAGACAUUCAGACUAGUGUUUGUAGCUUUUGGGUUGGAUGACACCUCCAUCGCUGUGAUCAUGCUAUGAAACGAGAGAGAUGGAGAGAGAGGAGACUGCCAUAUAUGCAUCAUCUUCCUGCUCCCCUCGGCCCAGGGAGAGACUCUCCACCUGCGCCAACCUCGCUGACUAUGCAGGGAAGAAGAGAAAGCAGGGCACCGGCAGUGAGAGUAAGACUGACGUGAUCGCAGAGGACAAGGAGGAAGAGGACACAAUUUCCACACUCGAGUUCGGUAAAGAUGCUGAGGAACCUAGUAACAAAAGAGUUAAACCGGUGGCGAAGGGUACCGGACUGGCUGGGUUGAUGGCACCUGUCAAAACGCCAUCCUUGAAGCGACUGAGCCAGACCAUCCAGAGGUCCAUUAGCUUCCGGACAGAGUCUCAGCCCCAGCAAAUGGUUCCUUUGCGAGCACGCUCGAAGGCCAGCUCCUUCCCGCGCAGACGUAACAGCCAGCUGUGGAGCGAGAUGGUGGACAGCCUGAGCCAAGACCUGAGCGCCAGGGAGAUCAAGCGACAGGAGGUAAUAUAUGAACUGACUCAAGGAGAAAAACAGCUUAUUGAAGAUCUGAACUUGGUCCAAAAGGUGUAUUAUGAGCCCAUGCUUAAAUUGGACAUCAUGACAGAGAGUGAACUUGGCCAGAUAUUUGGGACAUUAGACACCCUAAUACCCCUGCAUGAAGAUUUCCUGAAUCGACUUGAAAAUUUACGGGGCUUGGAAAAGACGGUGGGCGAAGUUGGUCCCACAUUGCUGGACUGGUUCCCCUGCUUGGAGGCCUAUAUUACCUACUGCUGCAACCAGGUGGGGGCUAAGGCACUGCUGGACCAGAAGAAGCAGGAUCGUCGUGUGCAGCACUUCCUGCAGCUGUGUCAAGAGUCCUCCUUUAGCCGCAGACUAGACCUGUGGAACUUCCUCGAUCUGCCGCGCAGCCGCCUGGUCAAGUACCCGCUUCUGCUGAAAGAGAUCCAGAAGUGUACUCCUCCUGAACACCCUGACCAGGACACACUACCGGAGGCUAUGGAGAUGAUACAGAGGAUUGUGUCAGAGGUGAACAGCAAGACAGGGGAAGCUGAAUGUCAGUUUUACAGACGUGGGCUGUCCUACCCUGAGGAAGGGCAGAGGUUGCCAGAAAUCCAGCUCUCCCGCUUCCUCUACUGUCACGGAGAGCUCAAGCACCACAAAGGCCAUAAGCUACAUGUCUUCCUGUUCGAGUUGGCCCUGGUCCUGACGCGCCCUGUGUCACAGGAGAGAGACGGUCUGAUCCAGUUCCAGGUGUAUCGCCAGCCUCUUCCCGCUGCCCACCUGCUGCUGGAGGACCUUCCUGAUGGGGAGGGGACCAGUGGCAGCUCCUUCCGAGGACCAUUUGGUUCUGCGAAUGACAAAGCCAAGAACUGUUUCAGAGUGAGCAGCAGAGGCCGCACCAAAGUUCAGUCACACAGCCUGCAGGCCAAUGACUCCUUCAACAAGCAGCAGUGGAUUUCCUGUCUGCGCCAGGCCAUAGUCCAGUCGCGCGACAGAGAAGCUCAGACGGCCCAGUCGAUGGUCUCACGACAGACGUCGCCCGAUCCCGGCCUCUGCCACAUUGCUGAACUGAGCCUGGACUCGGAUGUGGAGAUGUCGGACACGUAGGAGUGAUCAUGGUCACACAGCAGCUGCUUUUUGGCUACGGGAUUUUGUGGGUUUUUUCCAACUUGGAAAUUGUGAGAGGAAACUCCCCUCCGUUUUUCCUUUUUGUCUCAUUGGCCCACUCGUUUGCCCCCGUUGUUGCUGUAGAAAUAUCCUUCAGUCUUGCCUCCAUUGUUUGUAAAUUUUUUUGGGUAAAUGUAAAUUUGCCUUUAAACAUGUUGAAUAAAU